CCUGAUGAAGCCAAAAGAAGAAAUCACAUAUGCAAGAGAACAGAUAGAUCAAGUGCUAAAGGAGGAAAUUUCACAACUCAAUGAAAUGGAGGAGAAACCUCAUCAUUUGAUACCCAAGGAAGAAUCUUUGAGCUGCUCGAUAACUGUGAGGAAUUUGUCACCUAAAAGAAACAACAAGCAAAAGGCAACAGCCAAGGAUGCUCUUAUUUGCCCUCAGUGUGGAAAGACUUUCACAUAUAAAUAUAUACUUAAUAAGCACAUGAGAGUUCACACUGGAGAAAAACCUUACAGAUGUGAUCAGUGUGGAAAAAGUUUCACGAAUAAAAGCCACCUUAAGGAGCAUACGAGAAUCCACACUGGAGAAAAGCCUCACAGAUGUGAUCAAUGUGGAAAGAAUUUUCUUCGUAGGUUUAAUCUCAACAAGCACAUAAGAAUUCACACUGGAGAAAAACCUUACACAUGUGAUCAGUGUGGAAAAACCUUCAAUAGAAAAUCGCAUUUCAAUGAGCACACAAAAAUUCACACUGGAGAAAAGCCUUACAGAUGUGAUCAAUGUGGAAAGAGUUUUAUUCGUAGGUUUAAUCUCAACUUGCACAUAAGAAUUCACACUGGAGAAAAACCUUAUAGCUGUGAUCAGUGUGAAAAGAGUUUCAUUCACAAGACUUAUCUCAAUAGGCACAUGAGGAUUCACACUAAAGAAAGACAGGAAAACUACAAUUCCAGUUUCAAAAAUGAUCGGUAUUAUGUUUUUUUACCGUGUCAUAUUGUUCAUAAUGAUUUUCUUUUUUUCAUUGUAGACCUGAUGAAGCCAAAAGAAGAAAUCACAAAUUCAAGAGAACAGACAGAUCAAGAUCAGAAAGUGGUAAAGGAGGAAAUUUCACAACUCAAUGAAAUGGAGGAGAAACCUCAUCAUUUGAUACCCAAAGAAGAAUCUCUGAGCUGCUCGAUAACUGUGAGGAAUUUGUCACCUAAAAGGAACAACAAGCAAAAGGCAACAACCAAGGAUGCUCUUACUUGCCCUCAGUGUGGAAAGACCUUCACAUAUAAAUCUAUACUUAAUAAUCACAUGAGACUUCACACUGGAGAAAGACCUUACACAUGUGAUCAGUGUGGGAAAAGUUUCACGAAUAAAUGGCACCUUAAUGAGCACAAGAGAAUCCACACUGGAGAAAAGCCUCACAGAUGUGAUCAAUGUGGAAAGAGUUUUCUUCGUAGGUUUAAUCUCAACGUGCACAUAAGAAUUCACACUGGAGAAAAGCCUUAUACUUGCCCUCAGUGCGGAAAGACCUUCACAUAUAAAUAUAUACUUAAUAAGCACAUGAGAGUCCACACUGGAGAAAAACCUCACAGCUGUGAUCAGUGUGGAAAAAGUUUCACAAAUAAGAGUUACCUUAAUGAGCACAAGAGAAUCCACACUGGAGAAAAGCCCUACAGCUGUGAUCAGUGUGAAAAAAACUUCAUUCGCAGAUCUUGCCUUAUUGUUCACAAGAGAAGUCACACUGGAGAAAAACCUCACAGAUGUGAUCAGUGUGGAAAAACCUUCAUUCGCAGAUCUUGCCUUAUUGUUCACAAGAAAAGUCACGCUGGAGAAAAACCUCACAGAUGUGAUCAGUGUGGAAAUACCUUCAUGGAUAAAUGGCAUUUAAGUGAGCACAUAAAAAUUCACACUGGAGAAAAACCUUACAAAUGUGAUCAAUGUGGAAAGCGUUUUAUUCGUAGGUUCGAUCUCACCGGGCACAUAAGAAUUCACACUGGAGAAAAACCUUACAGCUGUGAUCAGUGUGGAAAAAGUUUCAUUCGUAAGACUGACCUUAAAAUGCACGUGAAAAUUCACACUGGUGAAAAAUCUUACAGCUGUGAUCACUGUGGAGAGAACUUUAUGAAUAAAUCUCACUUAAAUGAGCACACAAGAAUUCACACUAGAGAAAAAUCUCACAGCUGUGACCAGUGUGGCAAGAGCUUCAUUCGCAAAUUCGAACUCAACAGGCACAUGAGUGUCCACACUGGAGAAAGACCUUUUAGAUGUGACAAAUGUAGAAAGAGCUUCAUUCGUAAGAUUGAUCUCAACAGCCACAAGAGAGUUCACACUAAAGAAAGGCCUUAAAAUGCCCCUACUACGGUGAUUUUUGUAUUUGAAAAGUUCAGAUGCAAAAACCACUAAAAGCCAUCUCUGUCAAAAAUGAGAUGAUAAUAUUAACCGAAUGCUGUUGGCACAUAUUAUACGUCCAUCAA